CGUGCUGACGGGGGAGGGGAGAGGGGAAGGCUGCUUCCGCACGCUGCUCGAGGUCCGGGCACCGGGGAGGAGAUGCCCGGCCAGGGUCCGGGGUCCGACUGGACAGAAUGCAGCUCUUCCGCAGAGCCUCCCGCAGUAGCCGGGACCGAGGGUGGCGGCGGCGGAUCAGCUGGACAUUCUUAUUAUCAGAAUUCCAAAGGUAUUGACAGAAUCAAAGACGAACACAAAGUGAACACACACAUAGCCAAGCUGCAAGAGUUGUGGAAAACUCCUCAAAUUCAAGCAAUUCACAUCCCUAAAUCAAUGACCGAUGCGUCCUUUCUAAAGCAUCCAGACCUCACCACAGGCCAGAAGCGUUAUCUGUGCAGCAUUGCUAAGAUCUAUAAUGCGAACUAUCUGCGGGCGUUAAUGAGGAGGCAGUACAUGCAUGUGAUCCAGCACAGCUCCCAAAAGCCAGGUUUCCUCACUCAUCACAGGAGCCGCCUCAGUUCUCGUUCCUCCCAGAAGCAGCAUUACCCCUGCACCACAUGGCGACACCAGCUGGAGAGAGUGGACUCGGGGCCUCCUAACAUGGCAGUUGCACCCGCGCCUGAAAUGAUCCUACAGCAUUCCCUUUGGCGACCAGUGAGAAACAAAGAAGGUUUAAAAACUGGAUAUGCAUCUAAAACAAGAUGUAAGUCACUGAAGAUUUUUAGAAAACCAGGCAAACUGUUCAUGCAAUCAGUUUCUACAAAUGAUUCUGAAUCAUACAUGAAUGAAGAAAAAAAGGAAGAAGAUUUACUAAAUAAGUGUAUGCAAUCGAUGUCAAUUGAAGAACAAGGAGAACAUCUGAUGUGAACUUCACAGCCUUGUCUUGUGAAUUGAUGAGGUGCCAAAAGGGGGGGAGUGGUUGUUAAUUGUGUCCUCUUUAUACAUUUAGGAUAGUAUUGUUAUUCACCAUGAAGUCAUUAAGUAAUUUUAGUUUGUUCAGAAACGUUUACAACAGUGUAAUUAAUUGGUUUGAUGUAGUUCCACGUACUAAUGAUAUUUGUGUAAUAAGAGUUAUGUGUAAUAUAUGCUUGUAUUUCUAGCUAGAUACAAUUAAAAAUUUUCUUGUC